GUUCGAUGGUCACGGCACCCCUCUUCUAAUUCCGAAACACUUGACUAAAUUCGUAAUCACACCAAUACCUAGGACUUGCCUUAAAACAAACGCUAAACUGCUCUACUGAAAACUAAUGAGGUAGGGCGCAGCAGUCUGUGUACCUGUUCACGGCAACUGGUUCCCAGUGUAGAGCUUAUAUCGCCUCUUUUAAAACUCGGUAUCUUUCAGCCCUGUAGCGAACCCUGUUUUGAUGCUAUUUUGAGCUUGGCAUUCCCUCCUUACGCUCCUUGAACCUGUUAUUAUAAGAUUCUGAGAACAACAGCUAAGGCCAUAUAUAUUGUGUACAUUUCAGAGUUUACACAAACCACGAUCACUUUAUAUCUGAAUUUUGAGACGCACCUUUAGAUCUGUUCGACAGACUCGCUUUCUCUGCUCAGACAACCCCGCAUUCCUGUAGCCAGUGUCAAAACUGCCCUUCAAAAUCUCAAACUAUGGCGGAGUGGACGAAAAACAUCACAGCCCGCUUGGGUGACAUGGACUUCAGCUCCAAGGCAAAGCCUAAGAAGUCAGACGACGAUAACGAGCAAGGAGAAGAAACAACCUCGGCAAGUGUCGCAGGUGGUGGACAUUCAGCUCGUCAGUCCGGCAUCACGAAGAAUCAACUCACUGCGAGCCCUGCCUUACGGUCGUUUCUUGUGGCUCAAAAUAUGCUUUCAAAAGAGGAUGCCGGCGUGGAUGGCUCUGACCAACCCACUGGGGCGCUCAAGGACCUCCUGGAGAAGCCCCAUAUUGAUGUCCCAGCUGCUCUCACAGACAGGUCACAUCCGCUACCUGAAUACUUCAUCAGCUCAAGUCAUAACACCUACUUGAUGGCUCACCAACUUUUUGGUAGUUCGUCGGCUGAGGCAUAUGAAGUUGCGCUGCAUGCUGGCUCUCGCUGUGUUGAGAUUGAUGCCUGGGAUGGCGAUGACAAUCCGGAUGAGCCUAAAGUUACCCACGGAUACACUCUUGUCUCCAAUAUCAGCUUUCGCUCCGUGUGUGAGACCAUUAGAGACGUCCACGACAAGGAAUCUGCUGAGGCCGUUGACGAACAAGGCUACCGAGCUGCUCCAAUUCUCAUUUCUCUCGAGAAUCACUGCGGUGCUCAUGGCCAGCUACGUCUCGUGCAAAUAAUGACCGAAGUCUGGGGUGACCGUCUUUUGAGUAAAGCAAUCAGAGAUGAAGGUCAUGAUGAACAGAACGGUGGUCAACAUGUCCGCCUGGAAGAGCUAGGAUCCAAGAUCGUCGUCAUCGUUGAGCACCACAUACCCGGAGAGGUCGAGGACGACGACGACGACGACUCAAGCUCAUCAGACGAAGACGAGGCAGAGAAACAAGAGAAGCAAGCCUACAAGGAUAAGAAAAAGGCUGCACCAGCAACAAUCAUCAUCCCCGAACUCGCCGAGCUCGGCGUAUACGCUCAAUCCGUCAAACCGAGCGACAACUCCUGGUAUGCCUCCGGAACCCUCACCAAUGGCCCCCAUCACCACCUCAUCAACGUCUCCGAAUCCGGUCUCUCCACACACAUGGCAGUCCCCGAAGCCAGCCCCAAAAUCGGCUCCCACAAUGCCCACCACCUCAUGCGUGUCUUCCCAAAGGGAACCCGCAUCUCUUCCAAAAACCUCCAGCCCAUCCCCUUCUGGGGUAUCGGGGCCCAAAUCUGCGCUCUGAACUGGCAGACUUUCGGCGCAGGAAUGCAAGUCAACGAAGCGCUAUUCAGCGGCUCGGACGGCUAUGUCCUCAAACCACCUGCCCUCCGCCACGGCGGAACCGGCAAGCUCAGUACAGGCCGCAUGAAGAAACUCAGUCUCCACGUCGCCGGCGCAUCGCAACUUCCUCUCCCGGAAGGCAGAGAAGCAGACGAGAUCAAACCAUAUGUAACAUGUAUGCUCAUGCACCCCGACAACAUCAAAAGCUCUCCACCGAAGCGGAAAACUGCGCCAUACAAGAAGCAUAAGCUGGGGUUUCUGCACAAAGGCGAGAAUAGUCCGACUACAGACCCCGUGUGGGAUGAGACGCUGGAGUGGGAGUAUGAGGAGAAUGAGAUGGUGUUCUUGCGGAUCCUGAUUAAGAGCGAUGAUAGUUUUGCGACGAAUCCUGUUUUUGCUGUUGCGGCUGUGAGGUUGCUUUAUGCGGUGCAAGAUUGGAGGUUCAUUCGGAUGUUGGAUUUGAAGGGGAGGGAGACAAAGUGUUCUUUGCUGGUAAAGUUUUCUAUUACGGAUGCUUAG